CACAAAAGUAUACACCUUCACACACAUGGUUACGGUCUUUAAAAAAAGAAGACACCUGUACCAUGUCAGAAAUAGAGUUGAAAUGUAUUACAUUUUGAGUUUGGAUCUCAAUAUUAAACUUUAUAUGCAUCACAGAAGACUGAAAUAUAACAAAACAGUUUGACAUAGAAACCUGCUUUUUUGAGUCAUUUUUGGGGGGGGAUUAAUUAUGAAAAAUAGAUGGCAAUUUGGUCAUUUGACUGCAGGAAAGGAUUUUAAUGUGUUCAUCUCAAAUGAGUUCAAACUAAAUAGAGAGUAGGCCUAAUGUAGUAGACCUAGUACAAUGUAUAAACCAUAAACCCACACAUUUGCUUAACACACGAAUGUGACUUAACCACACAUGGCUUAACACACAUGAAUGUGAGUUAAGAGGCACGUGAAUUACCCCAUCUAAUGCGAUUUAUAUAAAUCUCUGACGAACCCGAAUUGCAUAACUUGCCCCAAAAGCUCCUAGUUCAUUAUUUCCCUGUAAAUAUGCUGUGUCUGCCCGAGGCCAACCAUAAUUUCAACAAUCCACAGGCCAAAACAGUGGCCAGUCGGUAAGAAUUGAUUGAUAACAUUUGUAUUGAGAUUGUCUAUUUUGUGAAAACUUUUAAAGUAUUGCGUGGAUAAGUUUUUGGCAAAUGGUUCAAUUAUUCAUGUGAUUUUUCUCAUGACACAGGUAGUUAUUAGAUCAUAGCAGAUAAUUGGUCAAAUGGCAGUUGUAUUCCACUUUUGUUUUUCUUUACAGUGGUCGGUGCUAGUGAUUCUCCAGGGACCCUUUGGCUGUUUCAUCUGCAGUUGAAGAGAUGGAGAGAUUAGUUUUCUUGUUCUCUCUGAUGGCCCUUGUAGUCCUUCACUGCAUGAACACCACUCCAGACUUCCAAGAGCCUGUUGUGAUACUGCAGAUUGGUAUUGCAGUGUUGGUGGUGGUGUGGUUCUUCUAUUUCCUUAUCACCCGACGCAACCCGCCCAAAGACACCCUUUUCUAUGUGUUUGCUGAGUUUUCCUUCACUUGUGUCAUUGACCUUGUGAGUGCUAUGGAACAUGAUGGUUUUAUUUCCGGGUUUAUGGAAUUCUACCAGAAAACGGGAGAGCCCUAUCUGGGUACAGCCUAUGCCAUCAUGAUGUGCUACUGGGAUGGAAUAGUGCAUUUCAUCAUGUACCUCAUGAUGAUACAGCGCUUAUGGAACAGCAAGUCUUACCGCACCCUGGGUCUCUUCUGGGCAGGAUCGUUGUUUGCCAACAUGAGUGUCUUUGUGACAGGAAUUGUUGUAGGUAAAUUUGGAUCAGAUAUCCGUCCCGCCUUCUGGCUCAACAUGCCCUUCCUAAUGCUUCCAAUAUGGGGUGCGAUCAAGCUGUUCAACCAGCCCAAGAAUGGGCCAACCCUCGGUGGAUACAGGGCCCACUAUGAUCAGAGUUUUAAUCUCAUCUGGCGCCCUACAGACCUUUUCCUGGUGCUGCUGCUACUGGGGGCCAUGGCCUUCACUCUCUUCAGGGGCUUGGUAGCUCUUGACUCCCCUCUAGAGGCCUGUACCAUCUACCUCCGCCAGUACGAGCCCUAUCUGAAGGACCCGGUGGGCUACCCCAAGGUUAUGAUGUUGCACUUCCUGUUCUACAUGCUGCCUAUGCUGGGUGCCUUCAUCUACGGACUCGUAGUGCCUGGCUGCACCUGGAUGCCUGACUGGACUGUAUUCGUUGCUGGAGGCGUUGCCCAGUGUCAGUGGGCCCACAUUGGGGCAUCCCUCCACCCACGUACAGUGGCCCCAUUCCGGAUCCCAGACGAGGCCUUCCUGGCUGUCCUGGCAGCCAACCUGCUGUACGCUGUGAUCCCCUCACUCAUCGCCAUGCGCUGCACCAGUAACACCAACUUCUUCUUGACCGUCACUAAACUUCCUGGGAUGGAGGGGAUGCCCUGGGUUCCUGAUGCUGACACCCUAGUCGAGAAGAAACACAAUUAAAGUUUACAUACUAAUAA